AUGACCUCGCGCAAGUCCAAAGCCACGGAUCAGGCUGUCGCUGGUUCGUCUCGAGACCCCAAACGUCUUCGUACCGGCAACGGUGAGCCUUUGGCGGAUACCGGCGACGGUGAGCCUUUGGCGGAUACCGACACCAUCAACGCCGCGGAUACCGUUACCAACAACGCCGCGGAUACCGUUACCAACAACGCCGACAACGGCACGGACCCUGUGACCCAAGCACACCCUACUGCGGCCAUCCGCACCCCACGCACCCAGGCCCCCGUUCAGGACAACACCUCUUCGACCGCCGUGUUGCAGCCUCCUGCUCCUACCUCCCACACUGCAGGUGAACAAGUCGUAGAGGCCGACUUGACCCUCCGCGAUGCCGACCGGGACUACAUAUUGCCCGACUUCAUCCCCCGGCUGCUAUCGAUCAUGAACUACACCGAGCCCAACGCCAACAGAUACAACAUAGGCCUCAUCCCCACCGGCGCCUCAUGGGGCCCCGUAGGCGACGGGUCAGGUCUCGAUAAGUUCAUCUGCCUUCAGGGUCGCCCCCUUAUCGCCUGGAUGGAAGGCAUCGUGACUUCUACUUGGUUCGCCCCUACCGAGGGUAGCCGAGUCAGCAUCGGUGUCCGUCUGCUCUGCCAGCGCGACCAAGACGCGGCCAGGUACUUUCAGUACAGUGCCUGUCGCCCUGUCGGAGAUGCCACCCACUCCGGAAUCGGGACGUAUGCUGGCCGCUUCAUCAACGGCCGUGGCGACGACGCAGCCGUAGUCUUCGACGAAGUCUACGACGGAAGCGACCGGCUCGGUAGCUGGGGCACCAUGGCCAAGAUCGAUGGUUCUCGCGUCCAGAAGACCGAUGUCGUUGUUGUCGAAUGCUACAUCAAGCGCUACAGAUCUCGUGAAGCUAGCAGUCGCUUCAACUGGACUUCGUGGGGUGUAGGGUUCGAGCUCCUCCGCGUCGCUCACAUCCUGGCCGGACCGGGCCCUGCCGACCUCCUUCCGGACGACAGCCAGGUUGACCUUUAG